AGUGGCAGUGCAGCCCGGGAGGCGGGUGGCUGGCGGUCCCUCGGCGUCCGGAGGAGAGACCAUGGAAGGCGUGGCCGAGCCUAGGUGGCCUCCGGGACUGGCAGUCAUGAAGACAAUAGAUGAUUUGCUGCGAUGCGGCAUUUGCUUCGAGUAUUUCAACAUUGCGAUGAUAAUUCCUCAGUGUUCACAUAAUUAUUGUUCUCUCUGUAUAAGAAAAUUUUUGUCCUAUAAAACCCAGUGUCCAACUUGUUGUGUGGCAGUCACAGAACCAGACCUGAGAAAUAAUCGCCUUUUAGAUGAACUGGUAAAGAGCAUGAAUUUUGCACGGAAUCGUCUGCUGCAGUUUGCUUUGGAGUCACCACCUGUAUCUCCUGUGUCUUCUGCCUCAAAGAAAGUUGCUGUCAGAGUAAACACUGCUGGAGUCAUCAGGCAUUCUGUAAAAGAAGGAAGCAGGUUGAUGGACAAGUUCUUGAUCCGAGAAAUGGGUGAUUCCACGUCAAAGUUGUUGAUAAAAGAAAAUGACAGCAAAGUCAUUCCUCAAAAAGAGGCAAGCAUUUCUACUGAGACUCAAGAGAUGAGUUUUCUAGGACAGAUUGCACCUGGUUCCUCAGAUGCUAAUUGUCCUGAGACACCCUCUACAUCCACUGUGAAACAAGGUCCUAAAGUGGAGUGUCCUGUUUGUGGGGUUGACAUUCCAGAACACCACAUCAAUAAGCAUCUGGACAGCUGCUUAUCCCGCGGUGAGAAGAAGGAAAGCCUCCGGAGUUCUUCUCACAAAAGGAAGCCGCUGCCCAAAACUGUGUAUAACUUGCUGUCCGAUCGUGAUUUAAAGAGAAAGCUAAAAGAGCAUGGAUUAUCUAUUCAAGGAAAUAAACAGCAGCUUAUUAAAAGACACCAGGAAUUUGUACACAUGUACAAUGCCCAGUGUGAUGCCUUGCAUCCUAAAUCAGCUGCUGAAAUAGUCCAAGAAAUUGAAAACAUGGAGAAGACCAGGAUGCGCCUUGAAGCAAGUAAACUCAAUGAAAGUGUAAUGGUUUUUACAAAGGACCAAACAGAAAAGGAAAUAGAUGAAAUUCACAGUAAAUACCGUAAAAAACAUCAGAAUGAAUUUCAACUUCUGGUGGAUCAGGCCAAAAAAGGAUAUAAGAAAACUGGUGGAAUGUCAAAAAUCAAAGUAAUGAAAACAGAUGACCCCACAGAAAAGCUGCCAUCUGUAUAUGUGGGACAGGAAGAUGCAAAAAUGAAAUUCUCAAACACAGUCUCAGAAACAAACCACUUCCCUCUGUCAAAACUGCACUCCCCAGGGCAGUCAGAGUCUGAGGGGCCGGAUGAUUCUUCCAGCUGUACUGACAUUCUUCUCUCAUCAGAAUCAGAUUCGUGCAAUAGUUCCAGUUCAGACAUCAUAAGAGAUCUUCUGGAAGAAGAGGAGGCCUGGGAAGCAUCACACAAAAAUGAUCUCGAAGACCGAGAGAUAAGCCCAAGACAGAGUCGUCGCACUAGAGCAGCUGAAAGUGCUGAGACUGAACCUAGAAACAAGCGGAAUAGGAACUAAUGUCUCUUUUGCCUGUUUUCCUCUAGCAUGACCAGAAUGUGGUACUUUAUAUUGCCAUAUGCAGUUUCACACAGAAAUGCCGAAAGGAAGAAUUAAUUUUAAAUACAAUACUUCACUGAUUUUCAUUCUUCUCUGCCUUUUGGAAAAAAGAAAAAGUUAUGAAUCAUCCUUGCUUGGUCAGUUGUCCUCCUACCUCUGAAACAUUUCUUCCUAAAGACAUUGCCAUCCACAUAGUCACCAGCUUUGCAGAGUGGGCCCAGUGUUCAGCAAAAGCUUUAGGCUUGGUUUUAUUUCUAUGUCUCAAGUAUUUAAGUCACUUUCCUUUUCUUCUGUUGGGAAACCAACUUCAGAAAUGGCUUCUUUUCACCCUGUUUACAUAGCAAGCAGUUAAGAGCAUAUGUCCUUCCUCAAAAUUCAGGUGCUUGGUGUAAGUACCUGAUGCCAGACUACCUGCAUUCCCAGCAUAGUAAUCACUUGGUGGCUGUUGUCCACAUGGAAUAUAAUUGUUUGUUAGAUCCAUAUUUUACAUGUUACCCCAUAGGAUUUUAAAGUCAUAAAGUUAGGGGCUGGAGCGAUAGCUUAGCAGUUAAUGUGCUUGUCUGUGAAGCCUAAGGACUCAGGUUUGAUUCUCCAGGUCCCACGUAAGCCAGAUGCACAUGAUGGCACAUGCGUCUGGAGUUUGUUUGCAGUGGUUGGAGGCACUGGUGUGCCCAUUCUCUCUUUCUUUCCCUCUCUCUAUCUCUCAUAAAUAAAUAAAAAUUUUUAAAAAACUGUUUAGAGCCACAAAGUUAGUAUGUUAAUUGCUUAAAAGUCAUGAAGUUAAUAUCAUAAAGUACCAAAGUCACAACUUUGAGACAUUUGCAUGUUCUGAAAUGGAACUUAAAAAUAACUGAUAAUAUUUUCUCACUUGGGUAAAUCAUAUCUCUAACACUUUGAAUUCUAGCUGUUAAAAACUAUGCAAUAAACGGAUUUUGUCAAUGAAUAGACAAUUUAAAAUUUAAAGCAGUAUAUCAUGAGUAGUUGAAUAGCAGCUGUCAGUCAUACUGUGCUGGUCAUGAAGAACAUGUUCCCAGGUUCCUAGUUCCUGAUGCCUUUUGGGGCUGGCUAGCCCCCAUUUUUAUCCAUUGGCCACCGCUCAUUCCAGACAUAUCCGCUUUCAAAUAGCACACAGCAAAUUUAUGAGUGUACCAGGGACAUUUGGGCCUUCCUUUUCUGGAGACCGUCUCUGUUGACAUUGGCUUUUUUGUAUGUUCUGGGGUUUAUGUUGUGGGCAUAUGGGGUCUCAUGAUGACAGGAGUUUAGUGUUUUCACACAGAAGUCACUGCAUUCUUUAUGAGUUUCAAAUGGUAAUAAAAGAAUUUGUCGCAAUCGUU